ACACACACACACAGUACAUGGGGUUGCGCAGGGCCUCUUGAUCCCGAAGUUGUGUGUGUGCUAGUACUGAUGCCAGAGGUUGCCGUUGCCCUAACUUUCCUUGGUACGAUCCCUUAACCUACCUAGUAGCAAUUCCUGUGGUGCUCUCGUCUUUUUAGUUGGAGCCUUCGGUUGGAUUUUCCCGCUGGCUUCGGCCGUUCGUUCGGUGUCUACUUCUUCUCAGUCUUGGUUUGUCGCUCGGCCAGUUCAGGUGAGAAAAUCCUGUGAUUCCACCGUCAGUCGUCGAUGAUUUGGAGGGAAUAACGGCGGUGUUGAAACAAAAAAAUACUACCACUGAAUGAAUGUUCUUAGCGUGUCGGUCAAUCACAUACAAUUGCAAACAUUCAAAAAUCCGAAGAAAGUGCCCUAAUCAAUCAUCCAACGUGUCCUAGAAGAAUGGACUUGAAUUAGACUGGCGAUCCUAGACCGAUUUUCUACGUCAAAUCCAAAAUGAUGCCACUCCGCCCACCGAUAGUGGUGCUCCUCAUAUUGAUCAUAGGCUUCUUAUCCAAUUCAGUGGUGAAAGCCCAAUGCCCUUGGGGGCAGGAUCAACGGUUUCUACCUCUUCAAUCCGCCUGCAUCUGCAAUCUCAACCCCGAGCAAGCUCUCUCGGUGCAAUGCCAAUUAGUGAACUUCACCAUCCUCAUGGGAGCCCUUCAUCGGUAUUCUCAAGGCUCUGUCAUUGAAUUGCUGUACAUCAAUAACAGCACAGUGGGAUCACUCCCGCCAUUCGCUUUCAAGAACCUGAAAAUCAUCAGCUUGCAGAUCAGUGCGGCUGAAAUCAUCGAGAUCUCGGAUAAUGCCUUCCGAGGCCUGGAGAACACCUUGCAAAACUUGAAUUUGGCCAACAACCAAUUGAGAACCAUCCCGGUUCAACCCUUACGACAGCUGAGGUUGGUCAGCCUGUUGGAUUUGUCUCAGAAUAGGAUCAAGUUCGUGCCCGACAACGCCUUCGUCACUCUCCGGCUGAAGACUCUGAAGUUGGCCGAGAACAACUUGACCGUGUCUGACAACGCUUUGAGAGGCCUGGAUUCGUCCCUGAAGAAUCUGAACUUGAAAGCCUGCCAACUGAAGCAGAUCCCGGAGGGGAUCCGGAAACUCCACGGCUUGGCAUUUUUGGAUUUGGCCCAAAACAACAUCAGGAACGUGGAACCCGGCACUUUCCAAGAGCUCCACUCACUGACCGCUCUGAACUUGGAACGGAACAUCAUCCAAAAACUCCACCCAGAUGUGUUCGCAGGGAUUGCCGAUACCCUCACAUCAUUAAGUCUGCUGAACAAUUUGCUAACCGAAUAUCCCCUCCAAGCGGUUAUGGGACUCAAAGGACUCAGGGUUCUAGAUCUUGGGUUCAAUUUGCUGCGGGUGCUACCCCAGAUGGCGUUCAAGGAUAUCCACAGCCUGACCCUGUUGGCGUUGGAUGGCAAUCCCAUGGCGACAUUACCUGAGGAGACCUUCGUGCACUUAAAUUCAACUCUCCGAGGAUUGAGCUUGGGUGGGCGAUUUCUCACGUGUGAUUGCAACAUCGCCUGGAUCGUGGAUUGGAUCCAGAAAUAUGACCUCCAAGUGACCUCACGGGAACGAAAUCCCCAGUUCUGUGGACAUCCUCAACACUUGAGGGACCGAAACUUCUAUCAACUCAGCGCUAAUGACCUAAUCUGUGGCCCCCCUCCAACCCGAGCACCGCCUCCAACCACCACCACCACAACCACUGAAGCCACCAAAACUCGAGAGCCCGAACUUUUUUCUCUUCCACCCACCCCAGCCCGGCGACCACCUCAGAGUCCACCAACGAACCACCAAAUGUUCAGGCCCCAAGUGAUCAAUAAUGGUCUCCAUAAUAAGGCACCCCACCCUUCUCAGAACCCACAGCUGGCCACCCCAUCACCCACGGUUCGACCGGGAGAUAUCAUCACAGAGAUAAAAAUGAUGGUUGGACAAGAAAGCCAGCCACCACGAAAUCGAAACGCCAUCCCUGUCCCGCCCCCUCAGAUCGUUUCGACCGAGCCAUCUUUAAGGCGGGCAGAAAACUCCCGGCGCCAAUUGCCUCCCGGACUGGCCUUGCCGGAAAGCAACUCCGCUUUCCCUCAAUCAGCUAGAAGUACGCCCUCACCCCGACCAAUCUUGCCUCCACCCCCGAAUUCAUUGAGCGGGCAAAUCAUCUCCCGACCACGAGAAGAUCCUUCAUUGCGCCCGAACAUAGGUCCCAAUCGACCGAGAUCAGUUCAACCUCCAGAGCCUCAAAUCAUCAACAAGGCCAAUCUAGGCGUGGGAGCUAGUUUCAAUCAACGCCAAAGACCACCCGCACUUGCACCUCAGAGAUCGGAAACGGACGUUUUGCCCCGACAUCAAGAAAGCCUGAUCGAUCGGUCCACGUUAUGCAAGGAACUGGAUUACGACGAAGUGAUUGUUCGAGACGCGUAUAAAGAAGAUAACUCCAUUGUGAUCAAAUGGCAUUCCGAGGUGACCAACAUAUUGGGGUUUCGUGUGGUUUACCGCUUGUUUGGCAAACCCGAAUUCAAACAAGGGCCUCCCUUGGCCCCAAGUGAGAGGGAAUUCCGCAUCAAGAAUGUCCCGUCAAAUGAAUGCAUUGUGGUUUGCGUGGUCUCACUUGAAGAGCUUAAAAUCACGCCCAAUUCUGUCCCUUUCGAGCAAUGUCGAGAGAUUCGCACAGAGGGCGUUGGGACAAGUCAGAAGCUGGAUUGGAUCAUUAUUCCUGCCAGUGCAGCCAUCGUGGCCACAGUCAUUAUUGCGGUCAUAAUCUUUAUUGCGUGCCUAAAAACUAGUCAAAAGUCACGAGAAGCCAAGAUUUUGGACGAAAAGCCAAUUCAUACCUUGAGUAUGAGCGGCAUGGGAACACUCACCGCCGGCCCUCCGUUGGCAGGUCUAGCCUCCAUUGGCUUGGGACCCACUUCGAAAGACUGGGAUCAGAUUUCGAUGUACAGCCAACGAACGGAUCGGAGCAUACCUAGAUCUCGCAUGUAUCACAUGGAACGUGCAGCCGGAUCGCUCAAUGGCGGGUUCAUCCCCGAAGACGCACGAUCUCACUUAAGUGCCCUGAGUCAGCGGACCACCGGGCGGUCAAAAUCCAUUGGGGAUCUGACUGGAAAGGCAUACUUGACGAAUGGGGCAUUUGGACUUGGACUAAGCAGACAAGAACUUCAAUUUGAACAGCAAAUAUGGCGAAAAGUUUUGUCUGAUCGUCUUGACCAUGAUCCAAGGCUUCUGCAGAGCUACUAUCGCCGCUUUGGGUACCUCUAACACGCUUGGAAAACAUAAGCGAUCCAUCACAGCUAACCUCGCUUAAAUCUAGUCAUUUGGGGAUACUUCUGUGAUCGUAUCAGGGAGAGGUAGGGCCAAUGGGCAUCUCACUUCUUCCCCUAGUUUAAUUGAUUCACAAGUUUCGCUCACAAAUUAUACUCAAGUGCUUCAUUGGAUUAACCUAAGCAUCUGGACGAGGUGUACUAACUUUCACAUUCGCUUUCCUGUCUUCCAUAGAUCUCCGCCAAUCCCGCCAAUCGUUAGUUAGUCAUGGAGGUUAAGGUGAUAUGGCCACCAAUGGACGGCAUUCACGGGCCAGUGCAGUCUCACGAACUUCAAGGCGAUCCGCACAUCGAAGUUCCACGCACAGCCGUAGUCGGGAUCGCCUCCAUCCAGGCUAUUUGAGCCCACAAGACAACGACUCCUUGAAUGAAGAGGACUCGGACAACUGGGCCACAUCCACGGAUAAUAAUUGGACCGACUAUGAUCAAGAUAUUUACAUGCAUCGGAACAAGACCAAGUUUGGCCACUUUGGAAGCCGUGACGACGUCAAUCUUUGAUUGAGUUGACAAGCUCUGAGGAGAACAUUCCAUUCAAUGCAACAUGAAGAAAUUAUUGAUCAAGGGCAUAUUGGUUUGUCGGAGAAAAACCAAUAACCAAGUUUAUUUUCCGCAAGUCGAACCGUUGCGCACAAUGAGAUUUCUCGAGCUACGAGAACGGUGCAAAAAUCGAGUGGAAUGAGCGAAUGAGACACAAGAAUGGAACUGAAAAAACUAACCCUUUCAGUUCGAUGCCAACGACUACUAAUGACCCAUCAAAACGCUGUACAUAUUGUCUCUUAUGGCCAUUGGAAAAGAAUGCCACACAAUCAUUACCUGGACUUGAUUACUUUCUAUUUCAAUUCGCCGAUAGAAAUUCUUCCGUCAUUUGGUUGAACUCUUUUUGAUACUUAAAAUGGAGAUUGUGUUUGCCGUCGGGGAAUCGCUCCAGACUGAAAACAAAUAAAG